AUGGAGGCAGGCGCCCAGGCCCCGGACUGGGACAGUGAUGAGACUGUGGUCGCGGGGUCGGUGACGGAGAGCGACCCGGAGGAAGAGGAGCUGCCCUGGAGACGGUUGCUCUUUGAUCAAGACACACAUCUUAGAUCUGAGUUCAGUUUCCAUCCUGGUAUAAGUGGAAUGUGCAAAGGCACACCUUCUCCGGAGAUUCACCUUGGGUUCAAACUCGGAGAGGAUCCACAAGAGCAAAUGAGUACAAAUAAGACGAUGCCUGUUCUUAGUGAGGGUGCAGUCUUGCAGAAACCUCAAGAUGAAAUGGAAAAAAAUCGAACUCUGUUACUGGCUAGCAAAGGUUGUCCAAUGUUCUCUGUGUCAUUUCCCAAGGCUGAACUUUCACUGAAGCACCAAAACAUUCAAGGGCCUGAGGCUGAAAAUCCGGAAGUUUUGCCACAUCCAGAAAAGGAACUAAGUGCAGACAGAGACUCUCCUGAAAUUAGCCUUCUCUCAGACACUGCUGUUAAAGUAUCUGAUACGGUUACUAUAAAGGAGAAAUCGUUACUAAAACCAGAGAAGAUCUUAGCAGCACCAAAUACAUUUUCUGAGCCUGGAAAAGAGGUCACGUUGACCAUGACUUCCGAAGAUACCAAAGAUGAAGAAAGCUCUCUUGAAACUUUUGUGUCUGCCUUGGAAAAGUUACUGACAUCACCAGAAGUCACCCAGGAGGAAAGAUUGUUUGAAAUGAGUGAUCUUGAACCUAGAGAGUUUAUGAACCCAUUGAGCAACUCCUCAAGUUCCAUGUCAGUCCCUUUGACAUGUCACAGAGACUUACUAGAAAACACAAAGGAUGAUGCCUUGCCACCCGAGUUGUUAGCAGCCCUAAACACAUUGUCAGAAACCAAGGUGGGACCCAUCUGUCACAGAGAGGAGGGAGACAGCAGUCUCAGUGCUGGAAUUCAGUGUUUAGCCAUGGAACCCAAUAUGUCUCAGACUGAUGAAGAUUGUACACAAAUAACAGAGGGGAAUUUUGAGUCUACUAUAGAAGACCCAGAUCCAUUUGCAUUGGAAACUUUGGCUCAUCAAAAUGUCACCUCUUGUGAUCCACUAAAUAAUAAAGGAAAUUCAAAUCCAGUGGAAAAUAGCCCUGACCAGGACUCUCCAUGUGUGUUGAGGAGAUCGUCCAGACUAAAAGUAGGCAGAGAUGGUGCAAAGUGCACAGAUGGCAUGUCUAAGAUGCCAGAAUGGAUUUUACCAAAAAUACUUGGCUCUGAGGAUCAAACAAAUAAGAACUCUUCAACUGAGAAUUUCAGAAUGCAGAAUCCUGCUUUAAUGAUUGAAGGUAAAAGGAAGAAUAUGCAUUCAUCCAGACUCAAGAGUAGAGAACAGAUCAGGAAAAACAAAAAACUUGCAGGAAAAAAAGAAAAAAUGAAGAUGAAUAAACUAUCUCGUUCUAGCAUUAACCGAAGAAAUGUUUUUGGAGAGAACUUGCUGUAUAAGGCUGCUCUGCAUAAUGAUGCUGAUCUUGUUCAUCACUGUAUAAAACAAGGUGGAAAUGUUAAUCAACCAAGUUAUGCUGGUUGGACAGCACUUCAUGAAGCUAGUGUGGGAGGGUUAUAUCAAAUAGCAAGUGAACUCUUGAAAGGUGGAGCAGAUGUGAAUAUCAAAGGCAUGUACCAGAUCACUCCCCUACAUGAUGCUGUGAUGAACGGACAUUAUAAGGUGGCAGAGUUACUUCUUUUGAAUGGAGCUGAUCCAUUAUUUAGAAGUGACAGCGGAAAGUGUGCUUUGGAUGAAGCCAAAGAUUCACAUAUGCAGCGUCUCCUUGAGAGAUACAUUCCCAAACAUCAAAAACAUCUUAUAUCAGCUCACAAGGAUAGCACUGACACAUUAGAUGUAGAGGAUGUACACCAGCACAAGAAACCGAAACUCAAUUCCAAAAAUUGUGUUGGGUUUGGUUGUGAUGAAAAUUCCAACAGACAGAAGCCAGAACAUGUAAAAGUUGAUGAAAGAAGCAGAGAAGUUUUGUUUGUAAAUAAAGAAGAUGUAUAUGAACAUUACCAAAAAGAUUCCAAAAGCACGAAAUUUGGUAAAUCCAAGAAUAAGCAAUCAACUGUUAACCAAAUGUACUCUACAGGACUUAGAAAGGACAAUCUCCAUAAUGUCACAGAUCCCAGCACAAAUGUGUCUAAAGAUAAAGGAGGAAGAAACACACGACACAAAAGGACUCAAGUGGAUGAUGCAAUCCAAGAAAGCAAUCCAAGAAAGACAGUAGCUGUCUCUUCUUCCAGAAGAAUAAACAAAUUGGUUGCUCAGCAGCAGCAUAUUCUCCAAACCCUUGAUGACCUUCCAGAAGAGUCAUGUAAACUUUCCAGCCCAGCUCUGUCAAGCCUGAAAAAUGGAUUAGGUAGCAAUAUCGAGGCUUGUUCAGUUUCCAAAGAGACACGUUCCCAGAGCCUGGAUUUAUCAGGUAAUCAAGAAAUCAAAUUCUUUGAAUUAGAAUCCAUUGACCAAGCUGAAGCUGUUUCUUCCUCAGAUUUUUCUUUACAUAAAGAAAUCAAGUUACCACUUGUUACUGCAGAUCAGCCAUAUACUCACCAAGAACAACAGUGCGUUAGCCCUUAUAAAUCUCAUGAAAACAGUAACUCAGGUCAAAAAGAUGAGACCCUUAAUAAGUGGGAAAAUUCUUUCCUAUCUUUUAUAAAGAGAAGUUUUAAUAAUGAUGAUGAUGAUGAGUGCUGUACCUCUGAGAAGACUGUGACAUCUGAAAAGGUGAUAUGUUCUACAGAUUGGAAAAACCACUAUAAUUAUAAAGAGAAUAUAAAAAAUAAAGAAGAGGAUUUUCAACAAUUUUUGCCCUCUGAAGAGCAUUUUUCACAAGAAUGUGAGUUAAAAGCAGGCAGCCUAACUGUACUUCCACAACAGGAAGCUGUUAAUUUUUCUGAUUCAGAUAAUAUAAUAGUUUCUGAACAUGUUUCAAAUUAUGAGCAGUGCAUAUAUGGAACUUCUUUUGAUCGCUCAUGUGGCAAUCCUGAGCAUUCUUCCCUGGCUUGUACAAGAACACUUUCAACACAUGAAGGUUCGAAGUUGACUAGCCAUGUGGAGCUUUUCAGAAGGCCUCAGGAUCGUAGCCCCAGCGCACCAAGUCCUUUAACAAAGGAAAUAGAUACAUGUCCUGUGGGAAAGGUGAAUCAGAAAGAAGACACUGAAAGGAGUUACACUGACAAAGCCCAAAAAACAAGUUCCUCAAAUGAGCCUUUGUCCACAGUUGUUCAUUCUCAAGUAAUAGAAACAUCUACAGUUGAAAAGAAGAGACAAGACCUUCUAGAGAGCGAAACCGUGCAUAAUAUAGAUGUUCAUUCCAGUGACAAUAUGAACAAAGAAUUGUCCGGCAUCUCACAACUUAGUCAAAGAGAAGAGAAGGAAAUUUCUCACAAACCAGAUGAGGAGUUAACUAAUAAUAUCAACGGAGACAGAAGCACUGUAAGAAGUUGUGAGGAGAAAAAAGAGAAGGCAGAUUCAGAAAUUUACAUGCGUAUGAAUAUCCAAGAACACAAAAAAGUUCGGAAUUUCAGAAAAAGACAAAGUUUCUCGAAAGCUACCUGCAGCCAAGAAAUGAAAACAGCUGGGAUCAAUAAGAGGAAUGCCAGAGGGGAAAGCCGGCUUCAUUUGGCUGCCAGAAGAGGAAAUUUGUCUCUGGUGAAAGCUCUAAUAGAAUCUGGAGCAGAUGUGAAUCUGCAAGAUAAUGCAGGUUGGACACCACUUCACGAGGCAUCUGGUGAGGGAUGUGGUGAUAUAAUUGUAGAGUUGUUAAAAGCUGGUGCUAAUGUUAAUUGUGAAAAUCUAGAUGGAAUUCUGCCCUUACAUGAUGCUGUUGCAAACAGUCAUUUAAAGGCAACUGAGAUUCUACUACAGCAUGGAGCAAAUCCUAAUCAAAAGGAUCAAAAACGCAAGACUGCUUUGGAUGAAGCAGAUGACGAAAAGAUGAAAGAGCUGCUGAAAUCUUACGGUGCUGUUGAGACUGAUAAUAGAGAUGAGAGUAAUGCUGUAGUCGCUGUAAAAAUUCCUGCUGUCCGGUCUAAAAGACAUAAACGGUGUUUUUGUGAUGGCUGCAAAACUAUUGAUCUACCUUCUCUUUCACACCGAAAGAAAGCAAGAGAAAGCCUUCCUGUGCGUCAGAUCGUCAGUGCCACUCUACAAGAUAUAGAAGAAAAACAAGAAGACUUAUUAGAGUUUGAAAUAAGAACCCCUGAAGAGGCAGACCAAUACACUGAAAAGAUGUUAGAGAUAAAGGAGGUCGUGGAUAAUGUGCUUGCCAAACAGAAGGCAGAAAGGGAUGAUCUGGCUAAAAAAUACAGGGUGUCCGUAGAAUCAUUUAAGCAGGGAGUCCUGAGAGAACAACUGGCUAGCUUGGCCGCAAGACAGAAGAGCCUUUUGGUUGUGGCAAAGAAACAGAAAAAAAUAAGCGAGAGAAUUCAGAAGUAUCAGGAUGUAACAUCUUUGUCUGGUCUUAGUUUGAGGAAGCUGCCGUCCAGCUCAGAAAUCUGUAGUGAUAAGGACAGCCAAGAGCUUAUCAGUCCGGAAACUUCAGUGCAGCCUCAGUCAUCUUCCCUUUCUUCUGUCAGCCUUGUUUGUAGACGUGUGCAGGAAACACAGUUGUCUCUGGAAGCAUGGAAUGACAGCCAAAAUACCUGUACUCAUCUCAUUUCAGAGAUGGUGAGAAGGGAAGAAUUUUCUGGAAAUGAGCUGAAUUCUAAAAAAAAGGUCAAAGACUGUACCUUGGAUGGGUUAUCAAAAUCGAGAUAUUCAGAUGGCACUAAGAAGAUUAAAUUACCAUCCCAGCCUGUUGCUUUUUUUGCUCAAGCAGAAUAUUCACAAAAAGAAAAUGACCUUACAGCAACCACAGCCAAAGGGCAUGAAUCCUGUAGUCCUUCAGCAGUAACUGGCACAUUAAAUAUUUCAGAAACCUCAAGUGAAUUUGCCCAAAAUGACACCCAUCCAUCAGCUGUUAUUUGUGAUCAGGCUCUUUCCAAUUGUAAUCCAAAAAGAGGAACUAGGAAAACAGCUUCCCAGCAACCACCCAGGGGAGCACCAGAAUCCCUGGUACAUCAGGGAAUUGAUGUCUUAGGCAGUGAAACUGGGCAUCAGAUGAAACCAUAUCUUAAAAAGUCAGCUUUUGCUGUUCCACAUGCAAAUGACAGUCAGAGCCCCUCCUCUGGGUCUGGCCAUCAACAUACUAUAAAAAAGCCCGUGAACUACAGCACAGCUCCUAAAAAGAAAUGUAUGCAGAUAAAGGAUUUGAUAUUACUAGGAAGAAUUAAUCCGGGAAAUAACAUUCUGGAAUUCAAAACACAGGAGACUACCCACAAAGCCAGUGUUCUGUUGAGUGGUAAAAUUAAGGUAGAAAAUGGUCAGAUUUAUCAAAGUCCAGUCACCUGGCUCAAGGAUGUUCUAGGAGGUGAAAGUUAUGUGACCUGGAAUUAUGCUUGGAGUAAGGUAACAUAUCUGGGGAAGGAGCUUUUAACGUAUAUUUCUGAGGAAAUACCCAUACCUCCACAACCCAAUCUGGUAUCUCAGCAACAUCAGCCUUGUCUUCCAGGAGCUUCCAGAGAGUCAGUGCAGAGCAUCCCACAUUAUCUACAAAUAAAUGAAAUACUGUUAAUCAGCGACCAAGAAUUUCUCCCGUGCCAUAUAAUGGAUCAACACUGGAAGUUCUACGUGGAAUCUCCCUUUACAGUGCCAAGAUGGCUCUGCUGUUACAGGCAGAAACAGCAUCAUUAGAAGGAGAAAAGAAACAUUUUCUUGCAGUGCACGUCU